AUGAUAUUUUCGACUUUAGAGCAUAUAUUAACUCAUAUCUCCUUUUCGGUCGUUUCAAUUGUAAUUACAAUUCAUUUGAUAACCUUAUUAGUCGAUGAAAUCGUAGGACUUUCUGAUUCGUCAGAAAAGGGCAUGAUAGCUACUUUUUUCUGUAUAACAGGAUUAUUAGUCACUCGUUGGAUUUAUUUGGGACAUUUCCCAUUAAGUGAUUUGUAUGAAUCAUUAAUUUUCCUUUCAUGGAGUUUCUCCAUUAUUCAUAUAGUUCCAUAUUUUAAAAAACAUAAAAAUCAUUUAAGCGCACUAACCGCGCCAAGUGCUAUUUUUACCCAAGGAUUUGCUACUUCAGGUCUUUUAACUGAAAUGCAUCAAUCCGAAAUAUUAGUACCCGCUCUCCAAUCCCAGUGGUUAAUGAUGCAUGUAAGUAUGAUGGUAUUGGGUUAUGCAGCUCUUUUAUGUGGAUCAUUAUUAUCAGUAGCUCUUUUAGUCAUUACAUUUCGACAAGACAUAAGGAUUCUUUGUAAAAACAAUCAUUUUUUAAAUAAGUCAUUUUCCUUUGAUGAGAUCCAAUAUAUGAAUAAAGGAAACAAUGUUUUACAAAACACUUCUUUUCUUUCUGUUAGGAAUUAUUACAGGGCCCAAUUUAUUCAACAAUUGGAUCAUUGGAGUUAUCGUGUUAUUAGUUUAGGGUUUCUUUUUUUAACCAUAGGUAUUCUUUCGGGAGCAGUGUGGGCUAAUGAGGCAUGGGGAUCAUAUUGGAAUUGGGACCCAAAAGAAACUUGGGCAUUUAUUACUUGGACCAUAUUCGCGAUUUAUUUACAUACUCGAACAAAUAAAAAUUUGCAAGUCGCAAAUUCUGCAAUUGUGGCUUCUAUGGGCUUUCUUAUAAUUUGGAUAUGCUAUUUUGGGGUCAAUCUAUUAGGAAUAGGGCUACAUAGUUAUGGUUCAUUUACAUUUUCAUCUAACCUUUGA